UGUUGAGUGUGUGAUGACUGUAAGCAAUGGCGAUAACAACCGGCAAAUCGUCUUCGCGUGCAAAAGAGGGCCACAGAAGUGCUUCGGCGGACGUGUUGGGCAGACAGUCCCUCCUGAGGGUCACAGUGCUGGCACUCGCCUGGUUGGCCGGCUUCUGCUCGCGACUCUUCGCCGUCAUCCGCUUCGAGAGCAUUAUCCAUGAGUUCGACCCAUGGUUUAACUACCGGUCCACCCAUUAUAUGGUAGAGCAUGGGUACUACAACUUUCUCAAUUGGUUUGAUGAGCGGGCCUGGUAUCCAUUGGGACGUAUUGUCGGCGGAACGGUA